AUGAAGGUGGUGCGGGUCAAGAAGGGUGUGGCAGCCAUUGUCUUUCUCUCUCUCGCCCUGCUCGCACUCGGGGCUCUCUCGUUUUUCGCCGGUUCGUCGGGAGACGCCGACGGGCAUGUGGAGCCACAACGUGUUCGGGAUGUGCAGCACCGCAACAAAUUCCGGCCUGAAUCCGAGCUGAAGGAGCAGCUGGAAAGACGUCCCGAGGUCGCGCCAGUCAAGCCACGGACGGAACCGGAAGUCGCGCAUGAAGAAAUCCACGAACAGGAGCGAAAACUGGAAGAAAAAGAAGAAAAUGAGGAGGUGGACGCACUAAGGGCGAAGCUACACCCAGUUGAGGCGACGAAAGCAGCUGCCGAUCCGGAGAACGAAAAACGGAAGGAACAAGUGGUGAAGAUGAUGCUGCACGCGUGGCACGGCUACCGCAAUUACACCUGGGGCGCGAAUGAGAUCAAGCCAAUCUCUGGGCAGCCGAACAACCAGGGGAUUUUUGGAGGGGCCGACAUGGGAGCGACCAUUGUCGACGCGGCCGACACGCUGUGGCUGAUGGGGCUCAAGGAGGAGUACGAGCAGGCCCGUGACUGGAUCCGCGACAAUUUCGACAUGAAAAAGAAGGCGACGGGCACGCUGUCGGUUUUUGAGACGACGAUCCGGUUCCUUGGAGGUCUGCUGUCCCUUAAUGCGUUGACCGGCGAGGCUUUCUACGUAACAAAAGCCAAAGAUGUCGGCGACUCGCUUUUGAAGGCCUUCAACACGCCGACCGGGAUCCCGAAAUCGCAGCUAUCCGUCCAGACCGGGGUAGGCCAAAACUUUGGCUGGGCCUCGUCGAUGUCGAUUCUCUCCGAGAUCGGCACGCUGCACCUCGAGUUCGCCGAGUUAUCCCGGAUCACCGGCGACCCAGUCUACCUCCAGAAAGUGCAGAAAGUGCGCGACGUGCUCGACAAGGCGCAGAAGCUCGACGGCCUCUACCCCAACUACAUCUCGCCGACGGACGGGCGGUUUAGUGGAAGUCACAUCUCGCUCGGGGCGCUCGGCGAUUCGUUCUAUGAGUACUUGAUCAAGGCGUGGCUCUACUCGAAUUUCCGGGACGACCAGGCGCGUCGGAUGUAUUGGGCGGUUAGCGAGAAGAUACAGGAAAAAAUGGUCAGCCAUUCCCGGUCAAAUCUGACGUAUCUCGUUGAGUUGCGGAACGGCCGUGCGGAGCACCAGAUGGGUCACCUGGCCUGUUUUGCGGUUGGGAUGUUUGCCUUGGAGGGGCAUUAUGAGAAAGAGCCGGCCAGGAAGGCCCGUGUCCUAAACCUUGCUGAAGAGCUCGGGCGAACCUGCCACGAAUCCUACAUCCGCUCCGAGAGCCACAUCGGUCCUGAAAUGUUCUAUUUUAUCGGCCAGGAGGACGCGACCGCCAAACAAACCGGCGCCAACGGCUACAUCUUGCGCCCCGAGGUGAUCGAGGGGUGGUUUUAUCUAUGGCGGCUGACGGGGAAACAGAUGUACCGCGACUGGGUGUGGGACGCCGUCGAGUCGAUGGAGAAGUGGUGCAAGCGGGAAAAGGGAUAUGUUGGAUUGCAGAAUGUCUACAAACCAGAACAAGGCGCCGACGAUGUGCAGCAAUCCUUUUUCUUGGCCGAAACUCUGAAGUACGCCUACCUGACGUUUACCGAAGAUACGGUAAUGGCGCUCGACGCUUGGGUCUUUAAUACCGAAGCACAUCCACUGCCCGUCAACAAGGAUUACCCGAUGAAGGAGCAAGCCGCGCCCCAAGCU